GUUCUUUGAUUAAUCUGCACAUUUAUUAACAGGUGGCUGAGAAAGAAUAUGUCAUAAUGAGGUAACAUGUAUUUGUAAAACAGUAUUUAAAGUUUGUUUUUUUUUUCAUCUGGUCAAAUGCUCUUUUUCAUAUCGAAAAGGAUCAUUCACAACAUUAUUACUGAAUUGUCUUUUUCACUGUGGGAUAUUGUGUAGAAAAUGGAAAACUCCAGUGAGGUAGUGUCAUUUGUGCUGGCUGCUUAUGGAAAUGUUGGGGAGUUCAAAUACAUGUAUUUUGUAAUAAUAUUGUUCUGGUACCUCUCUAUAUGUGUGGCCAACACAGUCCUUAUUGUGGUCAUACAUGUGGACAUACAGCUGCAUGAGCCAAUGUAUAUACUGCUUUGUAGUUUAUGCGUGAAUGAGAUAAAUGUCAGCACAUCGCUGUAUCCUCUUUUGCUCUCACAGAUGUUUUCAGACAGCCAUGAAGUGACCCUGCCGUGGUGUUUUCUGCAGAUGUGUUGUAUGUACACAAGUGGACCUGUUGAAUUUUGCAGUUUAACAGCCAUGGCCUAUGACAGAUAUAUCUCAAUCUCUCAUCCAUUACGCUAUAAUGUCAUUAUGAACACAGAGAGAGUGUUUGUCAUGAUUCUGUUUGUGUGGAUAUAUUCAUUCCUUAGUGUAAUACUAUCAUUCUCAUUUAUCUUCAGUUUGAAGUUUUGUGGAAGUAUUAUUGAAAAUGUGUAUUGUAACCACAGACUAAUAAUUAGACUUUCAUGUUUGGUUUCAGUCCACAGCUUUUUAUCUGAUAUAUUCUUUCUCAUUGUGAGCAUUUUCAUACCAUUCACUCUCAUUUCAAUGUCUUAUGUUAAGAUUUUGGCAGUUUGUCGAAAAACAUCCACAGAAAACAAGCAGAAAGCUGUGACUACUUGCGUCCCUCAGAUCGUCUCUGUGUCAAACCUGCUUGUUGGCUCAGUUUUUCAGUCUAUUGAUUCCAGCGUUAUAGUUGCUCGUGUACCAGUCCGUAUAAUUUUAUCUACAUAUCUUUUCAUCUGUCAACCAAUGCUGACUCCAUUUCUGUAUGGAUUUAAUUUGCCCAAGAUAAGGCAAUCAUGUAAAAAGCUUUUGUUUAAGAAAAAACAAUAG